AUGGGCGGCGACGGUGGCGGUGGCGGCACGAACAGCGGGGAGUGGACGGAGUCCCCAGCCGCCGACAGGGCGAGGGCUUGCUCCAGCCCAUCCCAGCGCGCGUCCACCUCUGGGCGGCUAGCCUCCAGCGCCUGUUGCCGGGCCUCCUCGAGGGCGGCCUGGUACUCCGCCUCUGCCUCCUCGUCCUCCGGCUAUACAUGCGGGGGCGGCGGUGGGACAUCGUCGACACCCGAGCGCUGUUGCUCCUCGUGUUCGAGGGCGAACCAAGCCUCCCAGUUAGGAGAGUCGGCGGCGUACUCGGGCAGUCGGCGCUGCUCCGGCGUGAGCUACGUGCGGCGCCGGCGCACCUCGUCGUCGUGCACCCGCUGGCUCCGCGGAACCCCCGGCACCGGGAUCCGCUGGGGAUCCAAGUGCCAAUGGUGCGGCAGCGUCACGUCAGGGUAG